AUGCCCCCGAAAAAGAGAUCUCCUAAAGCUACUAAGCCGGCCACGCCCAAGAAAGCUGCAACGAAGGCACGCACUGGGAAAGCCGCGGCUGCAAAGAAAGCCAAAACUGUCGAGCCCCCGAAUGAAUCGCCAUCCAAUCCCACGCCAAUCGAAAACGGAAAGAAGCGCAAGGCCGACACGGUCUAUGGGCCCCCUUCUCCAGGAUUGAAAAAGGCCCGCGUCGCUAAGCCUCGUGUACCGAAGGCGAGGGCCAAGGUGGUGAUUAACCAUGCUCCAACUACCCGGCUUGACGUUUAUGUGUGCGGUGAAGGAAGCUCAGGUGAGCUCGGGCUUGGACCAGCGAAGAAUGCGGUCGACGUGAAGCGUCCUCGGUUCAACCCUCACUUGAACGCGGACGAAGUGGGUGUUGUACAGGUCGCUGUUGGUGGGAUGCAUUGCAUUGCUCUCACGCAUGACAGCAAGAUUCUCACUUGGGGCGUCAAUGACCAGGGUGCUCUUGGGAGGAAUACUGCUUGGGAGGGGGGUUACAAGGACAUUGACGACAACAAAACCGAUGCAGAUUCGGACUCGGACGACCUAGCUCUCAAUCCGUACGAAUCAACCCCAACAGCGAUUCCAUCCCAGGUCUUUCCAGCUGGCGUUGCAUUUGUUGAAGUCGCUGCUGCUGACAGUUCAAGUUUUGCAUUGACCGACGAAGGCCAGGUAUACGGUUGGGGUACCUUUCGAAGUAACGAUGGUAUCUUAGGGUUUGAUGCCGACAAUACAGUGCAGCUGGCCCCGACUUUGAUUCCAUCGCUCAAGAAAAUAAAGCACUUGGCUUGCGGGGAUAACCACGUCCUCGCGUUGAAUGACAAGGGGGCCGUGUUCUCCUGGGGCUCGGGCCAGCAGAAUCAACUGGGCCGUCGUAUCAUCGAGCGCAAUAAACUCAAUGGCCUCCAGCCUCGUGAGUUCGGCCUACCGAAGAACAUCGUGCAUAUUGGCUGUGGUGCCUUCCAUUCAUUUGCCGUCCAUCAGUCUGGGAAGGUCUACGCCUGGGGAUUGAAUAGCUUUGGCGAGACAGGUAUUCGGGACGGAGCCGGUGAAAAUGAAGCCGCGAUAGUUCACCCUACCCUUGUGGCUACUCUAACAGGCAAAGGUGUUGUCCAGGUCUGUGGUGGCGCCCACCAUUCGCUCGCUAUUACCCAUAAUGGUCAAUGUUUAGUGUGGGGUCGGCUAGACGGUUACCAAACUGGACUGAAGAUAGAUGCCUUUCCCGAUGAAUCCGUCAUCAAAGAUGAGCGUGGACGCCCCCGGAUACUGAUCGAACCAACACCGUUGCCAGGAAUUGAAGCAAGUGUUGUGGCAGCUGGCUCAGAUCAUUCGAUUACCAUUGACACUAGUGGCCGUCCUUGGUCUUGGGGGUUCUCAGCUACUUAUCAAACGGGACAGGGAACCCAGGAUGAUAUUGAAGUAGCUACAUUGAUAGAGAACACCGCUGUCCGGGGAAAGAAGCUGAAUUGGGCUGGUGCUGGUGGUCAAUUCUCGGUUUUCACGGGGCCCGCGACAAUAUAG